AUGAGCUCGCAUGUGGUGGUGAUUGAUUCUACAGCUCGGAGAGCUACUAUCAAGACGAACCCGUCGAAACCAUUAGCAGAUGUCCUGCAGGAAGCUUGCAGGAAGCUCGGACUGGAUGCCAGCCAAUAUGGCCUCAAACACCAAAGCAAGCAACUCGAUCUGUCGCUUAUCUUUCGACUCUCCAGUCUAAGCUCCGGCGCAAAACUCGAACUUGUACAGCUCUCGAAAUCGCCAUCCGUUGUAACUGUUGCCCUUCAACUUCCCCCGUCCGAAGCACAAGGUGUCCCGAACGGCCGACUUCUUGACAAGUUUCCUAGUACAACAACUUUGUGGCUCGUGCUGCGGAAAUUCGAAGCUGGCGUGGCCGGAAAUGGAUCUACAAGGAACCUAACAGCUCGAGCUGCGCCUGCUACAGAUAACGGAAAUAAUGGGACUGGAAGGUUAUAUUAUCAGACACCAGUACUUCAAGCAAUGGGUCGAGAAUUAUCCUACUUUUCAGAUUUACAAAAGUCGUUGGCACAGUUGGGUUUUAAUAGUGGCAAUGUGCUUUUUCGAUUAUCGUUUCGGACGACAAAACAGCCUUUCGAAGAAGCAGUGGCGAUGAUCGAUAAGUUUUUUGAGUCGCUUGGUGAAGAGAAUAAAGUUGGAGCUCCAGCUGAAACUUCAGCUCCUGCAACAAGCGUGAAUGAGUCAACGCAAGUGUUAGAGCCUGCUACAACCGACCAUGCUAAAGCAGAAGCUAUGGAUACACAAGACGAUAUAACACAGCUAGCCGAAGUACCCGUUUCAGAAGUCCAAACAGAUACAGUUUCUCCCCUGGUGUCUGAUCGACCAGUCACUGUAUAUAAGCCACCUACAAAUACAACUCCUCAAUCCGCUUUGACAUCCUAUAACGAAGAAGACUACAUCCCCAGCAUCGAACAUGCCAAAUCACAUCAGGGACGACUCAACCAGCUGUCCAAGAAUGUUCGUCUCCCAAGCGACAAAGAAAUAGCUGAAAAGGCGGCAGCAGAGCAAGAAAGAUUGGCGGCUAUUGCCGAAAUUGACGUUAAAGUCCGAUUUCCAGAGCAAAGCCAGGUCGUUGCCAAGUUUAAACAAACAGAUACGGGAUCAACUCUUUAUACAUUCGUACGAGGCUGCUUGAACACAAAGUUCGCCAACGAGAAGUUCUUGCUAGUAGUAUUCGGAGCAACAGCAAAGCAAGCUCGGACAGGCCCCGGCGGUUCAAGUCAGACGAUCCCAGAUUCAGACCAACAGUACUUGAUAAAAGACCAGGGUCUCCGAGGAAGGGUCCUCGUUAAUUUCACAUGGAUUGAUAAUAACCAAGCCUCUGCCAUGGCGGCAGCGACUCGCACGACCACUUUAUUGAAACCAGAACUUAGCAGCCAGGCACAAGACAUACGGAUCCCGACUGUGCCGGGAGUUCUCGAAGAAGAUACAAAGGAUAAACCAUCACUUAUGAAUAGACUUGGUAUGAAGGGCGAAGGAGAGGGCGGAAGCAAGUCUCUGGGAGGUAAAAAGGGAGGAGUGCCGAAAUGGCUCAAACUUCCUGGGAAGAAAUGA